UGAAAAUUGAGUGCGGAAAAGUCAUGUUUACCGUCUAUAGCCGAGCGCAUGCCUGCAGCAUGUGCGGCUCUCUUUCUCGCAGCCUCCAAGCUCGAGUGGCUAAGCCCCAGCACAGCAACCCCCAGGUCCUGGGCGAGCGCAACUGGCCCUGUUGACUACAACGAUACCAUCACCUCCUCCUGCUUCGGGAAAAGGUUGAGUAUUCACAGGAGCUGUGAUAAUACUUCGCAAAAAUCACUGUGCUGCUUCACCUUCUGGAAUCGAUGGGUUCGAAGUGAUUGCAGACGGCUUGCCCACCAUUCGUCGCCUCUUCGUCAAUAGGUCAAUCAAGUGUAAAGCUAUGGAGCAAAUUGUUGGUAGCCUCGCCCCCGGUCCACGACAUGUAUACAAGACCUACCUCGCCCGUCCUCCUCUAGCAAAAGGCCUCUUUGACCGGACUAUUUUCCGAGUCGGAGAGUCCGAAUGACAUACUGUCC